GCGCAUUGUUUUUUUCUAAGUGUUUUGUAUAGAAUUCAUAAACCAUAUUAACACGUAUAACACAAUGAUGUUUGUUUAUUUUAUGGCGCUCAUCGUUUUAAAGUCAGCUCCAGCAAUUUCUAAUCCUACCGGGUCUUCCUCCAAUCCGCCAGGUUCUGAGCAAAUCGACCACGUUCACUUUUUGGUCAAUGACAUUAGCAAUUUGUAUGAAAAUGAAAAGUAUUCUGAUGUUGUUUUAGUUGUAGAUAAAAAACGAUUUCACGCCCAUCGUAUUGUGUUAGCCUCACGCAGUGAUUAUUUCAGCGCAUUGCUGUUUGGAGAUCAUAAAGAUUCCCGUCUAAAGGAGGUGCCAAUAAAAGAAGGAUCAGCAACCUCAGUCAAAGUUCUUCUUAAAUAUAUUUAUUCUGGUAGAGUGGAUUUAAGUACUCUACAGAGUAAAGUUAUUGUGGAAUUAUUAAUUCUCUCGAAUGUAUAUCGCUUUUCAAACUUACAAUUUUCACUGUCCGAGUAUUUACUGAGUAAAAUCGAUGAACACAAUGCAAGUUCGUUGUUUGUUGUGGCACUUUACUAUCAAAUCAAAGAACUCGAAAUCGAAUCACUCAAUUUUAUCGACAUUCAUGCUUUGGACGUAUUGCAAUCUGAAGAUUCUCUUUCUUUGACGCCCGAAGCAUUACUUCUAAUUCUCAAUCGUGACACGGCGUAUGCUAACGAAUUGGAUAUAUUCCUCAGAUAUCAGCUUAUGGAAGAUGAAGAACUGUCAGAAGUUAGGCGAUCAGAGCUGGUUAGUUCGGAUUCGAGUAUUUUGGAUGUCAUAAAAUUGAGUAUAGAGUCCCUCCCACAAGAAUUUAAAGAUCAAGGACGACUAGAACCUAAUGUGAAUUUCGCUGGAGAUACACCCAAAGAGCAUUUUCAAAUUGAUGGCGGUACCAUGAUCAUGUUGAAUCAUCCAUCGAAUAUAAACUAUAUUGAAAUGGAGUUAAGCGACAAACAAGCAAAAUCUUACACUUAUUACAUUCAAGUAUCGAUGGAUAGCCACAAUUGGUUGCGUGUAAUAGAUCAUUCAAAUUAUCAUUGUCGGUCAAUUCAACGUUUGUGGAUUAUCCGAAGAUUUGUUAGGUACAUCCGUAUUGUUGGCACCAGUAAUACUAGUAAUAAGAGUUUUAACUUUUUGAAAGUCAUGUACAAUACGGAAAAAUUGCACUUGGUGGAAAUCAAAAACGGAUUAGUGGCACCAAAGUACAAUGUUACUUUACCAUCUAUGGAUUGGGCCAUAGUCAUCAGACAACCAGAUUGUUUACAAAUUCAACUCGCCCAACCGUAUAUGCUUAGUUCAAUGAGGAUGCUACUUAAUGAUGGCGAAGGCCGAGCCUGUGGUUACACUAUACAUGUUUCGGUCAAUGAUAAAGAUUGGGAAAUUAUUGUGGAUAAAUCUAAGAAGUCGGCUCGUUCGUGGCAGUUGUUGAAAUUUGAUCCCAGACCGAUAGUGUAUAUACGUGUUACUGCCGUUCUAACUUCAAAAAAAGACGAACUGUUUGAACGUAUAACAUUAGUGGCACCUAUUGAAGUAGAUUUCAACGCCGGCCCAAAACAGUCGUGGUCGAUAUCACGGUUUUUGCGUCGUUAA